AUGUCUAAUAUACAUGAUCCAUUUCGUUAUGAACUUGAAAAAUAUUCAAGAUCUUAUCCUUCUACUUCUUCAACUUCGAAUCAAUGGACUCAUAUAUCACGACCAAAUGUUUUCGUUUAUCUCGAAAAUAUGUUUCCCGCAGGUAUCAUUGUUGCGGGUGUCGGUGAACCUAUAUUAAAAGUUAUUGCUGAUCAAAAUACUUUAUUGGAAUGCUUGAAUGUUUCCUAUCGACACGCAAAUAUUUUAAAAGCAAAAGCUUUAUUGAGAAGUCCUACUAUUGGUAUAAGAUACAAUUACUCAAUAGUAGAUAGAAAUGGAGUGACUACCGCUCAGGAAGUUCGUAAAUUCCAAUUAAGAUUUAAAACUAUCGAAGAUUUUGAAGCUUGCGCUGGAAUUAUUGGGAGAUAUAUUAGUUGUAAACCUAUUCUUGGGAAUGGUUCAAACGUAUCAUCGUCUACCAGUGACUUAGGAUUAUCCAAUCAUGCCCAAGUCUUAAACAAAAUUCAACCACCAUUAAGUGUAAUGCAGCAACAAAUUACAAAGCCACAAAAAGAGCAAUCUGUGGCACUGACGACACGUCAAGAAUCAUGUCAAAAAGAGUAUAUUGUUCUUGACUCACCUUCACGACCUUCUACCUCAUCUUCAACUUCUUCAUUUGCUGCUACAACGGAUAUUAGUUCAAAACCACUUCAAAGAUCAUGCACAGAUAUUUCAUUUCAAACUCCAAUAACUCAAAAAUCUGUUACUAACAUUUUAGAAUCAACGAAUCAGAGCUUAUAUAAUCCCCAGAUUUCUCCAUUACCGCAAAGAAUAGAUCAACGACAAACUUCCCCAAUCCAAACAACAAAUAAUUUAGAAUUUCAUACAUUAAAUCAACCAUCAUCGUCAAAUGAAUCAAAUGAUUUUAAUUCAUCUCAAAAGGCUGUUAAUAGUAUGGACCCUGUUAAAGAACAUAUGAACCUUGUUAAAUAA